AUGCAGGAAUACGAGGACCUGCAACACAUGAAGAGGGUAAACAUCGCAACAACGGCGGAGAAGAUCAGAUGCUACUUACCGCAUCACGGGGUCCUGAAGGAGUCGAGCACGACGACGAAGCUUCGAGUCGUGUUCAACGGCUCUCAACGGACACGAACCGGUACCUCGCUGAAUUCACAUCUGCUGACUGGGGCGAAUUUACUGCCAGCUCUCACCAACGUACUGCUGCGGUGGCGUUGGCACCGGUAUGUCUUUGUCACAGACAUUGAGAAGAUGUACCGCCAAAUUCUCGUACAUCCUGAGGACUGCAGUCUUCAAACAAUACUGUGGCGUCAUAACAAAACGAACGAGAUCCAGGAGUACGAGCUGCUGACGGUGACCUACGGCAUGGCUUGUGUACCGUUCCUGUCCAUCCGAACGUUGCGGCAGCUCUGUGCGGACGAGGGGGCGCAGUUUCCUCAAGGGGCCACAGCACUUCGGCGAGAUUGCUACGUCGACGACGUAGUCACCGGAGCGGACAACCUCGACGAUGCCAUCAACCUCCAGACAGAGCUGCGCAACCUCUGCAUGGCGGGCGGGUUUCCGCUGAGGAAGUGGGCUUCAAACAAUCCGGACGUCCUCACCGGAGUCCCACAGGAGCAUCGGCUGCAGCAAGGACCACAUUCCUGGGACGACGAGAGCCAUUCGACCUUGGGCCUGCGAUGGCAUCCUCAAGAAGACCGGUUUGCCUUCACCAUACAUCCUCGUGUAGUCAGCGAGUUCACGAAGCGACGAGUCCUCGCAGAGACUGCACGGCUGUUUGACCCGAUGGGCUGGCUCGCACCUGUCGUGAUUCGGGCGAAGAUCCUGAUCCAGACCACCUGGCUUCAGCAACUCGACUGGGACACUCCACUGCCGGCCAAACGGAACGUCAAACCGGAUGCUAGAGAAUUGCCGAAUGCGAUACGCGCUAGCGACGCCUUCAACAAGCACCAACUCGUCGAUUGCGAGCUAGUAGCUUUAGUCUUUAGUUCUUAA